AUGGCUAAACGAAGCGAGAAUUCGCCCUUACUUGGAGGGGACUCCUUGAUAUACAACAGCAAGCCCAAAUCAAAUGUGAGAAAGAACAUUUCUUAUAUCUUGAAUGUAGUCACAUUGAUCACCAUUGCCGUGCUAUUAUUCCAUCACCCUUCGAAACCAGAAACACCACAAGUGAAGCCCCAUGGUAAAAAGAACAUUAUAAUGAUGGUUACCGAUGGAAUGGGACCAGCCAGUUUAUCAGCAGCUAGAUCGUUCCGCCAGCUUCGGGAUAAAUUACCAAUCGAUGACACUCUAGUUAUAGACAAGUAUCUCAUUGGAUCCUCCAGAACAAGAUCUUCGAGCUCCUUAAUCACAGAUUCUGCUGCAGGGGCCACUGCGUUUGCUUGUGGUCUCAAAUCUUACAAUGGAGCCAUUGGUGUCGAUCCAGACAAGACACCCUGCGGAACUAUUUUAGAGGCGUUGAAGUUGCAAGGGUACAUGACUGGAUUGGUUGUGACCACAAGAAUCACUGAUGCUACGCCAGCUGCAUUUAGUGCACAUGUUGACUACCGUUUCCAAGAAGACUUGAUUGCUCAACAUCAGCUAGGUGAAUAUCCUUUGGGACGUGUUGUUGACUUGAUAUUGGGUGGUGGAAGAUGCCAUUUCGUUCCCGCUUCCAACGGUGGGUGCAGAGCUGAUGGAAGAGACUUGGUUAAAGAAGCAGUCAAGAACGGCUGGUCGUAUGCUGGGGAUAGGUCACAAUUUGACCAGCUACAUGGUGGGGAAAAUGUCAGUUUGCCAUUAUUGGGAUUGUUGGCGAACCAUGAUAUUCCAUACGACAUUGAUCGCCAAAGUGAGGAAUUUCCAUCGUUGGCAGAACAAGUCAAAGUGGCUUUGACUGCUUUGGAAGAGGCAACUAAAGAUUCAGAUCAAGGGUUCUUUUUAUUGAUUGAAGGGUCGAGAAUUGAUCAUGCUGGGCACCACAAUGACCCCGCAGCUCAAGUGAGAGAAGUGUUGGCAUAUGAUAAUGCAUUCAAAGAAGUGAUUGAUUUCAUUGAAUCAACUGAUGUGGAGACUGUUGCUAUAUCCACAAGCGACCACGAGACGGGUGGUUUGGUAACCGCUAGACAAGUAUCAGAAUCGUACCCGGACUAUUUGUGGUAUCCGCAAGUGUUAUUGAAUAGCACUCAUUCAGGAGAGUAUUUGACAAGAAAGAUUUACACUCAAAAAGUCAAGUCCGGUACCAAAUUUGCCGAUUUCAUCAAGCAAGAAAUUUUGGAAAAGGACAUGGGUAUCACUGAUUAUACAGAAGAUGAAGUCAAGCAAAUUGCCUUGAAAUCGUCUCAACCAGAUGCAUUGUUGUAUUUCUUGAACAAUAUGAUUUCAUACAGAGCCCAAAUUGGAUGGACGACCCAUGGUCAUUCAGCAGUUGACGUGAACAUAUACGCCCACACAAACUCACCUGCACUUUUACAUAAAUUGAAAUCUAGAACUGCUUACGAUGGAUUGACUGGCAAUCAUGAAAAUAUCGAAAUCGGUGCGUUUAUGGAAACGAUUACUGGAUCAAAUUUGAACAAGGUUACCGAAAUGAUUAGAAAGAUGACCCAUUCACCUCGUGACAAGAGUGAUUUGUCAACGGAUGAGUAUCACGCCAAUGUCGAUUAUUUAUAA